CAUCGUUUUCGUCCAGCACACAACGCAGGUCGCCGCUCUUUUUUCGGUGUUAGGAUCCCUGUCCAUGUUGGAAGCCGUCUGCUAAGGUCAUAACGCAACGAGAAUCGAGAGUGGAUGUACGACUUUCCUCCUUUUCCUCGUUAUGAGAUCAUUAAUAUUUGCCCUGUUCCUCAUUGGAAUCAUUGGAAUUAAUGCUGCUGUGCAAGAAUACGAGGACAAUGACUUUGCUGAAUUUGAAGUAUUUGAUGAAGAGGAGGAGAUAGUAGGAGAAGAGGAUGAAGCACAAAGCAAGGAGGAAGCACCAGCAUCAAGAGGAGGAGGGAGGAGGAGUAGGGGAGGAGGUGGCAGCAGCCAGGAAGGGGGUGGCCAAAGAAUGGAUAUAGAGGAGGAUGAAGAAGAAGCAGUGGUGGAGGAUGAAGAUGAGAAUGAUGAAUUCAGUCACUUCCAUGAUGAAGAGGAAUUUAUUGGAUUUGACAGUGAGCGACCCCAAGGAGCCAGGGUGCCCAAAACACAAGAGGAACCCAAGAUUACCAUAGCUAAUGUUCCCCUUCAUCUUCGAAGCAACUGGGAUAGCUUCUACCUUGAAAUGCUUAUGAUUGCAGGGCUUGUUGUGUACUUCAUCAAUUUCAUAGUGGGAAAAUCUAAAAACCAGAAAUUAGCCAAUGCUUGGUAUAAUUCACAUAGAAGUCUUUUGGAGCAGAACUUUGCUCUAGUUGGGGAUGAUGGUAAGAUGCCACCUGAAAAUGCAGGUUUGCAAAAGGAAUCCGAGAAUGUUUAUACACUAUGGUGCUCUGGUCGCGUCAAUGUUGAAGGAAUGCUAGUGGAACUAAAGUUCAUAAAAAGACAAGAUAUGAUUGGUGUGAUAUCCCAGCUUAUACGUCCAUCAAGUGACCAGCUGCUUGUGAAGGUCCACCUUGAUGAGAUGGAUUCCUUUGUCUUCUCACUUGCUACCAAGAAAACAGCAGGCAGACUGGCUAAGGAGAUGACAGACAUUAGCACUUUCUGCCCAGAGAAAAAGUCGCCUGAGAAGUUUGGCCUGGGUUCACAGUUUGUGAUGAUGAAUGAGCUAGGUGAAGUGUCGUCAACAAUACUAGGGGACCACAAGGUGACAGCUGUGCUGAAUAAAUUCCCGGGCUUGGUUGACUUCUUCCACUUCUCUGACCAAUAUUCUGGACCCAAACAGCCUGAGUGAGUGUUCUGUAAAGUGU